AUGGCCGCAGAUCCCAGACCCCAAACAUUGGCUGGCAAGGUCGCCAUUGUCACGGGCGCAACGAGGGGAAUCGGCGCCGGUCUCGCUGAAGAACUGGCCCGUAGAGGAGCCAAAGUGUUGAUAACGUAUACAUCGAUGAGCAGCGAAUCGAUCGCUGAUCAAUUAAUCGAGCACAUCAAAAGCUUCAAGAACGGUUCAAGUGCAGCCAAAGUCCGCACCGAUCUCCGCCAACUCUCCGCUGCACAAACUAUCGUCGAAGCCUCGAUUCAAGCGUUCGGGCCUUAUAUUGAUAUCCUGGUCAACAAUGCCGGCGUCGAAGUCGUAAGGUCCCUGUACGAUCUCACCGUGGAAGAUUACAACCUCGUCUACGACCUAAACGUCCGCGCCGCCAUCUUUCUAACGCAGGCCGUUCUGCCCCAUCUCCGUGCACCCGGCCGGAUCAUCAAUAUAGGUUCUGUCGCUGCACGGGAGGGGUUCGCUAAUUUGUCGCUUUAUUGUUCGUCUAAAGCUUCUUUGGAGGGUUUGACGCGGUGUUGGGCCGCGGAGCUAGGUGAUGCUCUGCAUACGGUGAAUGCUGUUAACCCUGGGCCGGUGCAAACGGCCAUGUUGGAUAAUAUCCCGAGAGAGGUGGUGGAGAGGCAGAAGUCUGCUACCCCGGUUGAGCAUCGGUUGGGGACUAUUGAUGAUGUUGCGCAGAUUGUCGCGUGGCUUGCGUCGGAGGAGAGCCGGUGGGUUUCGGGGCAAUCUAUUGCUGCUGCUGGGGGAUUUGCGAUGACUAGGGGUUGUAGAUAA